AUGUGGAUUGCGGCUUUACAUUGUAACACCCUUGUUUGCACCAUUGCAUAUACUGCCGCCAUCAUGAUUUACAAUGAAGGCGGAUUCGCUGCUUUUGCCAUUUUGAAGAAUGUUGUUGGAGCUUUCGGUCUGAUGUGCGAGUGUUGGGGAACUGCAGUUACUUUUUCUGACGGGGAGGAUCUGCAUGGCAAGAAAGCCCUGUCAAUUCUCAUUUUCGGUCUCAUUUUCUCAACUACUGGACAUGCCCAAGAUUUCCGUGACCGAUCAGCAGAUGCAGUUAUGGGCAGAAAGACGAUACCGUUAGUCCUUUCUCAGCCCCUGGCCAGGUGGUCGCUUGCAGUCUUGAUCGCGGCAUGGACAGCAGGCCUGAUUGUUUUUUGGCAACCUCCCGUGGUUAUAAGUAUCACUUUUUCCUUUCUUGCGCUUCGAACAUUGGGUGGUUACCUUAUGAGUUAUGAGGAGAAAGAUGAUUCCGUGUCGUAUGUUUAUUACGGGGUAAGAUUGUUCUUCGAAACUAAAACAGCCAGGAGAUGCUAA